AAAGAAAAAACAGUAUCUAUCAACUACACUCCCAAACAAACAACAGGUAGCCAGCCACCACCCUUUGUAUUUUGUUUUCAUUUGUUUUUCUUCAAGCCAUACAUUUCUACUAACUAAAAACCUUUUUAAUUAUAAAUGAAUUAUAUCAUUUUAAUCCUGACCUUAAUAAUUUCUAAUACUCCAACCCAAAAAGACUAACUAUAUCAAAAUGAACCAUGUUAGUCCAAGUCCUUACAUUCAAUCAUCACUACCGCCACCGCCGCCGCCGCUACAGCAGCCGGCAUCCAACAUGCAAAUGCUAUACUAUGGCCUUGUGAUCAUAGGAACAACUGCUAUAAUCUUAGCCAUAUACAAUCUUAUCAUCAUCAAGUGGUGCGUACAUCAACAUCACCUAGACCACCUUUCAGGUCAGGAAUUUCUGGAGGUAACAACAGUAGCGACUCGUCGGACCUCAGAGCAAGUCAGCAGAAACUUAACGGUGUCCAGUUUUAAGUACAAGAGGGAGAGUUCGGUCGGUAAAGAUGAUGAGUGUGCAGUUUGCUUAUCGGCUUUUGAAGAUGGAGAAGAGGUCAAGAAAUUGCCUGGUUGCAAUCAUUUGUUUCAUGCUGUUUGUAUAGAUAUGUGGUUGUUUUCUCAUUCUGAUUGCCCUCUUUGUCGUGCUCGAGUUAAUUCGGUUCCUAUGUUUCAUCGUCACAUUCCUGUUGUUGGCCGUAGCCUGGCAAAUUCUCGAGAAAAUGUAAUGGCUGCAAACAUUCAUUUCUUGCCUAUUUCUUAGUCAUUCUGUGCAGCACGGAAAUAUUACAUAUUCUACAAGAACAUAUGAUUUCAGAGUUCAGAAAUGGAAAUGAAACAACUGAAACUUAAAAUUCGAAAAGUUUUCGUGCAAUACAGGAGUCAUUUCGAGCUUUCUGUGGUCUUGCUCAGUGUGAAGUCAGCGGUGUGCAUGACCAUGAUUGCAAUGAUUGCUUUGGUAAUCCAUUUUCUCCCAUUAGAUACAGUGUCGUCAUUUUUCUGUACAGAAUUUCCUUUUCUUGCUCAAGGACUUGUAUAGCUUCUGCUGCACAUAUUAUAUGCAUAUACACUAUUGCUUUCUUAUUAAUCUCCAUCGUCGAGACAAGGUUGUGUUUGA